AGCUGAUUGUGAAUUUGAUGCCAGCAACAUGGUUUGAAAAAGUCAAGACACAAAUUGUGUAAUCUGGUGAAGCAUCAAACAUCUAAUUGGGGUAAUUGGAAAACAGGCAGCAGUGUAAUUGGGUCUUAGUCUUUUAACACGGUUAAUGGUAACUUUGACUUAAGUAGCUAAUGUUAAAACGAUUUUUAAAAGGGUCUGCGUCUUUCUCGUCCUUUAAUUUAUGCCACUGUGUUUCACUGUACCUUCAGUACCCGCUAUUACUUAGUUAAACUUACUCAAAUUGAGCACAUGGUGGAGCUGUGGCCAGCACCCCUAUAAGUGCCAUUCCUGUAAGAAACCGUGACUUAAGUGAUCUUUUAGUGUUAACGCUGUAAAGCGAGCUUGAAACUGAAACAAAGGUAACAGAAACUAUUUGUGGAGGGUGAGAAAUGUUGACAGCAUUGCAGGAAAAGUAUUUAAAGGAAAGACCCAAAAUACAUGUGCUAUGCUGUCUGAUGCCUGGCAUCAUCAUCAUCGUUUCUGUGAAGUACAAAAGAUAUCAGCAAAGCUCGUGUAAAUGCUGUGUUUGCAUUUCACACCGCAUUAAAGUGAGAAAUAUUUCACUAGUAUUUCUCAGUAGAAAGAUGCUUAUCUGAUUAUUGUCUGGAAAUGCUGUACAACAAAACCAAGUUCUACAGUUUAAAGUUACUCAGCUCUUUGUAAGCUGGACAUACAAAGAAAAUUGGCAGGGGAUUUUUUUUAAACGGGUUUAGAUACGUGUUUAAAUAGAUUAGGUUGUAUAUCCUGAUGCUGCUUCUCUCACAGUUAUGUUUAUCCCACCAAUCACAAGACUUUUUCUGAUAACUCAAAAAGAAAAAGUACCUAUGUCUUCAAGUCAUUUGACUUGCUGAUCUUGUUUCAGCCGUUGCAGUGUUAAGCAGGGUUUUCCAUAUUUUUGAAUAUUAUUACCAUGCUUUUCUUUUUUUGUGUGGCAUUGCUGGCUGUGCCGAGACUUACACAGUAGCGUGGACAAAUAUUUCCUCGAGGGUCACACAGAUUCUCAUGGUGAUCUUUUAAAUAGUUAAGCUUGCCAGCGGGUAAUUCACUGCUAGUUUGAGUUUAUAUUCCAUCUUUGCAGUUAGUUCCUGCCUGGUUGUUGACAGCUGUUUCUCUGUGUUCUCAUUAACAGGAUAUAGCACCAGAUUGAUGGAGAAGAAUGGCCCGUAUUUCUUUGGACUGUCCCAACUCUUUACCAGGGAUUCCCCUCAGUGUCCUGUCAGUGCCCAUGGAAAAUAAAUAUAAAUGUCAGCAAUGUCUCCAGGUCCUGAGGAAGCCUGUCCAGGCUCAGUGCGGCCACCGCUUCUGUGUACACUGCUUCAAGCAGCUCACCAGUUCUGGCCCAAAGCCAUGUGAAGCCUGCCGUCAAGAGGAGAUAUACGAGGAACCCAUUUCCAUUCUAAACAGCAGUGAGGCUUUCCCAGACAAUGCAGCAGGCCGAGAAAUAGCAAGCCUGCCAGCCAGGUGUUUGAACCAGGGCUGUAACUGGACUGGAUCUAUUAAAGAGUAUGAGGCUCAGCACGAAGGUCGCUGUGAAUUCGAGCGGAUACUGUGCGAGGGCUGCCAAACCCUUAUCCUUCUCACGGAGAAGGACCGACACAAUGAGAGAGAAUGCGAGGCAAGAACUCUCAACUGCAAGUACUGCAAAAUGACCUUCAACUUCAAAGAGAUAAAGGCCCAUGAUGAGAUCUGUCUGAAGUUUCCCAUGCAAUGCAAGGACUGUGGAAAAAAGAAGAUACCAAGAGAAAAGUUCAAUGAUCAUGUGAAGUCUUGCGCCAAGUCAAAGAGCACGUGUCCAUUCAGUGAAGUGGGCUGCAAGUCUAUGGUAGAGAACGGGAAGCUCUGUGACCACGAGGUCAACAGUACUAUGGAGCACUUGCGUCUGCUGCUGCCUCUGGUGCUGUCAGCAACUCGGGCUCGCUCAGAGGGCUCUGGUGCCGGGGAGUGGCAGGAGGACUCCGGAGUGGGCCUGUACAGGGAUCCUAAUGAGGGAGCCGGGCCCAUGACCUCGGUGCAGUCUGUUGACCUGGAAAAAAAAGUGAACGCUUUAGAAAACAUCGUGUGCGUCCUGAACCGGGAGGUGGAGCGCAGUUCUGUUACAAUGGAAGCAUUCGCACACCAACACCGCUUAGACCAAGAGAAGAUUGAAAAUCUGUCUAACAAAGUCCGACAGCUGGAGAGGACGCUGACCAUGAGAGACUUGCAGCUGUCUGAGACCGAACAGCUGGUGCGCGAACUCCAGUUCUGCACCUACGACGGAGUAUUCGUCUGGAAAAUCUCCGACUUCUCGCGCCGAAGGCAGGAUGCCGUGGCUGGUCGAGCGCCUGCAAUGUUCUCACCAGCUUUUUACUCCAGCAAAUAUGGCUACAAAAUGUGUCUACGGUUGUAUUUGAAUGGUGACGGGACGGGCCGGGGAACGCACCUUUCUCUGUUUUUCGUCGUCAUGAGGGGAAAGUGCGACGCCCUGCUCAAGUGGCCGUUCAGUCAGAAGGUGACUCUGAUGCUCUUGGAUCAGAACAACAGGGAGCACAUCAUCGAUGCUUUCCGACCAGACGUCAGCUCCUCGUCCUUCCAGCGGCCGAUCAGUGAGAUGAACAUCGCCAGCGGCUGCCCACUCUUCUGCCCGCUGGCCAAACUGGCCGGAAAGAGCCCUUACCUCAGAGAUGAUACAAUUUUCAUUAAAGCCAUUGUAGACCUGACAGGCUUAUAAGGGUGUACUGUGGAAGUAACACCAAAAAACUCUUUGUUUUGUUUUGCUUUGUUUUGUUUUUUUAAAAUACAAAAACACAGAAACAAAAAUCUAAACCAAAUAAUGAAUCAUUUUAAUAGUAAUAUUAAUAAUAACAGUAAUAAUAAUAAUAAUAAUAAUAUAUAUAUAUGACAAAAAUACAAUGUUAUUAUCAUAUAGGUUACUAUAUUUAUAUAUUAUCACAUUAAAAGCAUCAUUAGGAUGUCAUUACACCUUGAGGGCGUGCGAUGUGACAUCUGCACUCAUUCCGAGGAUCCAUCUGCAGUGAAUCAGUGAAUCAGCGGUGAGAGCUGAGAAAAGCUCUCUGAGGAAAAAAGGGUCUGAAGUCAUCUGUUAUCCUGAUGUUACCCUCCUUAUAUCUGUAUUGCAUCUUGUAGACGAUAAUUUAUCUCUUAUAUUAUAAGCAGCCUAAUAUCAUAAUAGAUAUAAUACACCUUAUUUAGCUUUGUGGGAGUGUGUAUGUGUGUGUUUUGUUUUUCCCACCACUGUGAGAUUAUCUCCAGUUACUAUUUAUUUAUGGCUCGAGAUAAUUAAAGUUAACUAGUUCUAAUAAAAUGUUUUAGUUUUUACAGGCACAUACUUAAACAAAUGGGAGAUGUGUUUAGUUUUAGCCUGUGUUAGCUCUCAUGCAGUAUAGGAAAACAACGACCAAUGACAACCAAACAAGCACUGAUGGAAAGGAAUCAAAAAUACUAGAUUAUAAAAGCUCUCGUGUUGAUGAGGUCGUGGUGCGUGCACUUGUCACUUAAACGGCUCGAUCUGGUAAACAUUUUAUAUCAAAUUUUAAAUGAAUCUAAAGGGGAUAAAACGAUGAUAAAAUAUGUAGCCUGUUUCAAAUAAUCCCUUAAUACUGUAUUACUAAAUAAUCCUGAAGCAUCUACUGUUACAGAGUAGCAAAUAUAUAAAUAAAUAUAUAUGUAGACACAUUUAUUGUAUUAUGUCAGUGCUACUGCUAACUAUAAUGCCUGAUCAGUUGUACUCAUACUGUACUCAAUCAUAUAAAGUUAGUUUUGAAUCUUUCACGACUCUGAUGACUGGUGAUUAUUUAUAAAGUGUUUUAAGGGAUGCUAAAGUACCAUUUGACCAUAGGUACAUUAUUAAUUUAACCAUUUUUUGUGUGUGUCAUUUAAGAUAAAAUUUCACAAAAUUCUAUUUGAUUUUAAUUAAAAGUUCAUUUUAAAGCAUAACAAUACUAUUUCCUUGUUUUAUUUUUGUCUUCUUCUUUAUGACUUGUUUUUUAAUCCUGUUUAUACCUAAACAGGAUUAAUUCAUUAUUAAAAAUGAAUAAUUGUUGGAUGUAGCAACAUGAAAUGUAGGCACAAGGGUGUAAGCACCACAAAUAAUUUAAGUCAAAAAUAUCUUGUAAACAAAAAAAAGGGGUUUUUUUUAACCACAUGUUUUCUUAUAUUUGUCUUUUUUUUUUCUAAAAUAACCACGUGUGAAUGUGAAAAUCCCCCCCCACACACACACACACACACAGGAAUAACACUACAGGUGAUUCCUUUUAUGUAAAACUCUGAUGCCUUCUCCUAAAACAAACGGAUGAUGCAAACUAGCAAGGGCGCUAAAGAGAAGAAAAAAAACCCAAGCACCACGCUGCAGUGUCGAAAGCAAAGAAACAUAGCUGUGUUUGUUGAGCUGUGUUUGUUGUGAAUAUAGAUGUGGUGUACCUGUUUUUCCUUGCUUCACGUUGUUCUAGGGGAACUCCAACUAUUUCACAUAUAAAAGGUUUGAUAUCCAAAGUGCUCGUUAGCCCAUUCUGUCGUCAAGGAGGCGCUUUAAAUGAUGGGAAAUGUGUGAACUUUUAUUCGUUUUAGAGCAGAGUGUGAACAUAAAACCAAGUUUAAGUAGCCUGUUUAGCAAAACAUAUGCCGGCCUUCCUGCCUUGCAAAGAAACACAAAGCCUGCUUUGGUGAAUGCCCAAAUCAGCAGAAGCAGUGUGCACAGCUGUCCUGUUGUUGCACCUUUGACUUCUGUGAGGCUCUAAUAGAGGUCCAAAGAGUUUCCAAUGUAAGUGUAUGACAGUUUAAUAACAACCUCUUCCACUCAGACCUUGUAGAUCUGAAGGUACUGAGCUCACUGAACAAAUUCCUAAGAACGAGUGAAAUGUUUCACUUGGAUUAUGAAAUUUAAGACCACUCUGCUUCCCAGCAGCCUCAGCAAUGCCUUUGUACCUCAGGCUAACAUUGGUGAAAACUGAAAAUGUUGACUGUGUUAAUGUGUAGCAUGUCAGUGUGCUGAAUUACAAAUAAAACCAGAACUGCAACCCCUUUACUUUAACCAGUCCAUUUAAACCAUGUUUCAGCCACUUUUUAGGUUUCAUGUCAGUCACAUCAGCUUCACCACACAAAGCAUGUUCACCAAAAAUGAAACCCCACUAGUAUGAUAGAAGACCACAAAAUGACUCAUUAUACAUGCAUGUGAUGGUCUUCACUGAGGCUGUGGAAAUGCCUCAUCAUGGUUGAGAUAAAUGUGGUUGGAAAGAACCUGCCAGAGGGACGGCGCACGUGUGAUCGAUGACUACGUGAGGAAUGAAAAUCUUUCUUCUGAAAGCCCCUGGGUUAGAUUCUCAAGUAUUUAGAUGGUGACGCACUUUCUAAUCUAAUCUUCAAAGUCAGAGGCUGUGAGGUCACCAGAUGAUAUCACAACAAGUGCAGCUGUGCCAUGUUUUUGACCUAUUUUUAUUUUUUUCGAGCCCCCUUAUAACUGAAAUUAGUUAUUGCCAGUAACUGUUGAUCCACUAACCUACACACAGCUAUAACUGAUACACUUUGGUUGAUGCUUCUGUUCUCACCCAUAUCCCAGAGUUAUUGUGUAUCAUUUCUUAGAUGGUGACCAAGAGUGAGUGCUAAACAAAUGACACAAAACUGAAACCGUACAAAAGUAAAGCCCCUUACUUAUCACAAAUCCACGGAACUAGAAACUGUUCUAGUUUAAAUGUUUUAGAGAUGUAGUCUAAAGUAAAGUUGCGACACUUUGCUGUCAAAUAUCUAAAUAUACCGAAUUCUAAAAAAAUCUGCAACACUGUGUGAAAUUUAAAUAAAUACAGAAUGCGGUGACUUUGUAAAUCUCAUGAACUCAUUUUUUUAAAUUCAUCAUAGAGCAUAAAAAAUAUUAAAUGUUUAAACAGACAUUUUAUUGUUGCAUGAAAAACAUGAGCUCAUUUUGAAUUUGAUGGCAACAACAUCCCCUCUUCUGUCAACAUCUGGAAGCGAGCAGACCAGCUACUGGGCUCUUUCUGGUUCUUGUCUGAUAUACGUAGGAUCCUAGUUGUGUAAAAACUGGUGUUGCUCCAAAUCAUGCAGGACCCUUUAUGCAUAAAAGAUUUCUCCAGUUUUUUGAUGAUAUUAUAGAUAGGUGAUGAAAUAUUUAAAGACUGUGCUAUUUUAAUUCUGCUCUUUUCAGUCCCAUCACCUCAGAUAAAGAAAAUCAAAAACCCAGCUGAUCAGUCUGCCUUUACAAACAUCUGUCAAAAAUGAAUGAGUCUUUCUAAAGAUCAUACUGAAUUCAAGGGUGAUGCUCUAAGGCAACAAGUCGGUGCAAUUUCUCCCCUCCUAGAUACUCUGCAAUUGACUAUUAGUCGUGUUACUGAAAAGUGGAAGCAUUUAGGAACCACAGCAACUCAACCAUGAAGUGGCAGACCACGCAAAGUCAAAGAGCACGGGUCUGCUGAGGACUGAGGUGCAAAAAUCACAGAAAAGUCACCAACUCUCUGCUGACUCACUAACUGCAGAGCUCCAAACCUCCUGCGGCAUCAGCAGAAGAGUUGUGCGCCGGGAGCUUCAGGGCAUGACGCAGCUCCUGUAGGUAAUGUGCAAGAAGCCCAGUGCUGUCUGAAAAAGUGGGCAAUACAAGUUCAGAUGCACAGGAUAAAAUUAUUUAAUGAAUUACUUUAAAAAAACAAAA